GCCGCCGUACCCCGCCGCGCGCGUCUGUCUCGGUGAAAGGACAAGUACACCUGCCGCGCACAGCCGCAACUAACCGUUAUCGCCCUAAAUGACCAACUAAUGGACGAACGAAGAGGUAGUCCAUGCAUGAUUGUGCUAACAGUGUGAACUAGCUGGUGGAGUGCAGUGUUGUGUUGAUGUCCAUAUGGAGGAGGUCCGGAUUUCGGAUUGGCCCGAACCGCCGGGCUCCCAUGCAUGGCUCCCUGCUUAUGGUUUCCAGCAUGAUCUAAUGGAUAAGGAUGACUAUUUUGGCACCAACGGUGACAAUGGCAGCACUCACGCUUUGUACCUCGAGACGAUAGUCGAGGAGACGAGCGAUGACCUGCGAUCAGAACGCUCCUCAGCCGCAACAUGGCUCUCCGACUCAGAUGCAGACUCCGUCAUCCAUGUGCGAGGGGCUCCAGGGUCGGAGUGCGACAGCGAGUCAGAGCGCGAGUGGGCGUGCCCGGCGAAGCGGCGGCGGCGCGAGCGCGCGACCUCUCCCGCCAGCUCGGGCUCGCUCUCGCGCUCCUCCAGCCUCGCACAGUUCGAGUCGCUCGAGCGGUCGUGCGCGGCGCCGGCCUCCCCCAGCCUCUCGCCAGACUCGCUGGAGUCUCCGCCACCGUCCCCGCCGCCUGUCCGCGCGCCCGCGCCUCGUACCCACCUAUCCGCCGAGAACCUCAGCGAAGACAGCGGCUACAGUGAGCGGUCGCGGCGGCCGCCCCCGCCCGCGACGUGCCGCCCGCCCGAAAUAGCGCACCGGUCGGCGGCCGGCAGCGCGCCCUGCCUGGCCACGUCGCCCAGUGCCGAGCGCCGCCCGCCCCGCGCCGCGCGCGCUCUCUCACUGCCCGCGGAGCUGGACGUGUGCGCCGAGCCGCGCCGCCACGCCGCGCACCGCGCGCGCUUCCGACAGACCUUCGAGGUGUCCGACAGUCUCACCGUCAGCGUGGCCGACCUCACAGCGCUGGACUACCGGGGCGGCCCGCGGCGCCCGCGCCUCCCGCCCCCGCCGCCUCCCCCGCGCGCUCCCCGCCAUGCACCCCCACCGCCACCGCCGCCAGUCGAGGUGCUCGUGCGACAACCUACUGAGUCUCCGGCGAGAGAACCCAGCGCUGGGAGUGAUUCUACCACCGAGUCAGAGCGAGCUUUCGCCCGCGAAAUGGAAGCGACAGCGCGCCGACUGGACGAGACGGCGCGGCGGGCGCUCGCUGAAAGUGAAAACUACGACCGCGAACUGUCAGUGAUGACGGCGAGGCGACUACACGACUCGUGGGGAGCUUGGGAUGACGUCCUGGAUGAACUACGACGACGCAUCGACGCACCCUCCCCCUCACCCUCACCACCGCGGACGCCGUCACCCGAUCCAAUCAGAGAACCAGUGUUCACAUCCACCCCACUCAGAUCAUCGUGUGACGCGCGAGUUAGAUCCACACCAGAGCUGCGCGCCAGAGCGACCCCUCACAGAGAAACACCGGAAGAAUUACGUGCAUCCCUGCAACUAGUAGCGCCACCCCCUCCCGACUCAGCGCCGCCGGUACGGUCCGUGUCCGCCGGCUCGAAGGGAGUGACGUUUUCCCCGGUAGUGGCAGAAGUCAGCUGGCGAGAGACGAGUACGAGCACCACCGAGAGCGAAACGACCGCGAGCGACGACGCGGAUGACGCAGAGGUGGUGGUAGUGGAGGGGGACGGCGAGCAGCCGCGCGCGCCGGCCGCAGAGCGCGCCGCUGUCAUGACGGAAGCGGGCGCGCGCGCGCCGCGCAGCCGCAUCGCCGGCUUCCUCUCCCGAUUCGCGAACUUCCGAUUCUCGGGGCGCAAAGAGAAAAAAACCAGGGGCGCAGGCGCGAACGCGCGACCCUCUGCGAACGGUCCGGCGUCAGCGGCAGACGCGGGGCAGGGACCGCGCGGGGCGGCCGCCGGGCCGCAGUAUGUGCGCAUCCCGCUGAAAGAGGAGGGUGUGUCGCGGGCGGCGGCUCCCCCGGUGGCGGGCGGCGUGGCGCACAAGCCCCCGAGGCCGCGCCCGCCGCCCGCGCCGCCGGCCGGCGUGCUGGAGACCGACGUGGACACGCAGCGCACCGUGCUGCACGCGCGCUCGCUGCUCGCCCUGGCGCCGCCCGACCAGCGCGCGCCGCGCCCGCACAAGUCCAUGGAGUUCCUGCUGGACAAGGACAGCGCGCAGACUGUACAGCCUCCAGAAAACGAACUGCAGAAGAAUUCAGACCGCGUGCUUUCUGAGCACGAGUUGCGGGUCCAGAGAUCGUUACAGAAGCUCAAUGUGCCAGAAUGGUACAAAAACGCACCAGCGCCCCGAGAGGGUUUCCUACUUCGCAAACGAUUGUCUGACGCGUCCGCAUCGGCGGCGCGCUGGAGCGGCCUCAACUCGAAGACCACAUCGCUGGGCAGCCUCGGAGGCAACCAGCAGCCACCACCACCACAACUGUCACCACACACCACUAGCUUCGGAAGGUGGUCCACUAGCCGGCUUAAUUCCAACCAAACGUCACCGUGCUCAUCGACUCGCAGUAGCAUCAGGGGUGCCAGUCCUUUGUGCUCGCCGUCUGCACGAUCCUCAUUCAGUGCGCGACAGCCCUAUCUCGGCUGGCGGAGUCAGGAGCGACUAAAUAGCACACCGCGAACGCCACAUGAGAGGCUAGCAUCUUCCCUUCUCCAAUCAACACCAAAAUCAGAAGCUUCUGAGGCGUCGAAAGCGUCUGAGGAGAUCCAAACUUCGAUCAAGGAAGUGACGUCAGCGAUAGUACACUACGUGUCAGGGUUGGAGCCAGCUAACGGCGACAUUGACAGGCAACCUUCUCCAAGAUCCAGUCAGAAACUGUACUGGCUCGAGAGCUCCUUUGUUGGUACGAAGCCCUUGGAGUCACCGCAGACGCCGCUGGUGGUGUCGGAGGCUCUCCCGCCGCCGCACCCACGGCCGCCGUCGUCGCUGCGCCUCGACCACCGCGCGGCGCCCGACUGGCAAGAGUCCCAACGUUCCCUGAACUUAGGUAUCACGAGGCCGUCUCCUGGCUCCACUACCUUGGAAGACGUGCUGGACUCGCUCUUGGGGUUGCCAUCGCAGCCGGCGAGGAUACCCACUCCUCAGCCCAGCCCUAGGAAGGCUUCAAGCCCCUAUUAUUUGAUGGGUGGCAAGAGUCCCCGGUACGAACAACUGGCCAGUAGCGGGCACAGCAGCGGCUCCCCCGCAUCGCGCUUCCUCGGCACGCCCAGCGAAGGGCCCAGCUCCGUCACCGACAGCCCCGAACACGACCGACCAGGCAAGGAUACAGUUGAUAAUCCUGUCGCUAUGCAGGAGUCGAGACGGCCACGUUCGGCGCAGGGUGAACAUUCUCGACGAAGAAGUGAACCUUUCGCCCAAACAAGUGCCUCCCUCGAUCGUCGCACCAGCCUAGAUGCCGCAGCCCUUCGCCCACACGAUGCUCAGCUUACUCAUCACGAUUCCCGAGCUUCGCUUGCUUCAUUGCAGACAGAAAAUAGCACUGAUGACGCUUUUGUUAAGUGUAAAUAUCCAAAAUGUCCCUCCCGAGCGCCUUUAGCAGAUGCGAAACGACACUACAAGACUUGCCACAAUUGCACCACAAUGUAUUGCUCAAAAGAAUGCCGAAGAGCUCAUUGGGAGAAACACAGGAAAGUCUGCUUGCACACCCGUGCCAGUACCUUGUGUAGACAGAUAAUAUCCGCCGCUAAAGAAGACGCCGAUGCUUUGCAUCAAAUUAGCACUAUAGCCCACAAGGGUUAUCUGGCAGUUGGGCGUGGCGUCGUCAAAGUGUUCUUUACCAGUCCCGAGUCAGCAGAAAAGUUUACCACACACGGAUUUCAAUAUCUAAGUGAGCCGGAGUACAUGAAGUGGACGUCGCUCCAGCCGAACGAAAUGGGUGUUGAGUUGUAUACUGAAGUUGUCAAACUUUGUAAAGCAUACAAUCCCGAGACGAGGGUAAUUUUAUACGUGGCCGUAUGUAUUAUCAGUGAAGUGCCCACAAAAGGUGCCGUGAAAUGGGAAAGGCAGAUGGUGUCAAGAUGCGCUAAGUUACGUCUUAGUAAAACCGUUACCGCUGCAAUACAAGAACAAAAUAGAAGACGCCACAGAAGAGAUAGCAAGUCAACUCCAGAAGACAGAGAAACUUUAAUAUUGACUUCCAAAUUAGGCAACGCGGGCGAGAAAAACGCUGCUACCGCCCACAAAUUUAGGCAAAUAUGUUUCCAGAACAUUUCGAAUGAACUCGAAAGUCGAGGGGUAAACCUUAAAAAGCACUUCCCAGAAGUCUACUCCAGAUUAGGUGCUUACGUGGAUGGUACGAGUGACAGGUUCAUUCCUAUGACCAUUUAUCCUAAAGAUGUGACAAGCGGGAAGUCUUUCAUGUGUGUCAUCAUGCCGGACAGUGAAGUGGAAAGCGGAACACCAGUAGACGGAAAAGUAACAACUGUGGACGUCGGAGUAGACCGGUCGAAACACCAACUGUCUACACCCAUGUGAGAAUAUGAUAAAGAGGGUAGGUCGUUACAAUUUGCUGUUGAAGUCGGCAGAUAACGUCUACUGAAGUGGUAGAAGUAAAUAGACAAUGUGGUUAUUGGCGAAAGUGAAAUCCCAAUGCCGUUUCUUCUGAAUAUUGUUUAAAUUUUAAUCUCCGAUUAUGAAUCUCGUGUGAAAUGAAAGUAAUGUUUAACGUGCCCUUAAAAAUAUUAUUAUUUAAGAUAAAGUAUAUAUGUAUAACUAACGCUAAUGCUAGCUUACCGCAGCUGUAAACUUGAAAAUGCUCUGGUAACUGGUUGUCAUCCAAAUGAAGACCCGGUUGAAGCAUUCCAAGAUAUGCGAGUAAUUAUAUCGCUAGUCUUUCUAACUUUGUACAAAGGAUGGUUUAAAAUAUUUAUUAUAACAAAUUAUGAAAUAUAUUUUAAAAGCUUUUUUGGAACAAAGCUAUGAAAUACUGAUAAAAUGAUAAUUAUUUAUUGAACAUGCCCAGAUUAGUGCUUCUAUACUUGUUAUUAUUUUUUGGUACUCAUAAAUGUGCACUUAUGUUAGAUAAAUAUUAAUUUAAGAGGAAAAUAUAAGUCGUUGUGAUGUGUGUUAUAAAGUACAUUUUUUAUUAUAAGAUUUUAGGACUUGUUUCUGUAUUUGACAAUAGUUUAAAUAAAAUAUAUUUAUUGCAAAGCCUAUAUUAGCACAGAGGGAUGUACUUAUUUAGGUUUUUUUAAUGAGACGAAAUAUGCUUAUUAUGAUUCAGAAAGAAAGUGAUUUUUAUACAAAACGUAAGCUUAUGCAUGCGAGCAAUUAGUGAGAAUUACAAAUAAAACAAUUCUAGUGUUGUCUUUAGAUAGAUGAUUCAAAUAAGAUUUUUUUAAUGGAAAAUUUACACGUUUAGGUAAUUAGCAUAUAUUUUUGUGGAUGAGUCCUUUUGUUUCUAACAAAAUGGCUCAUAGUUGUGACGUGGCGUAUAAAAGACUUGUAGGAGGUAUGAACAUUUCUGCGAUUAAUCGUGCGCUCGUGGAAUCUUACGUACCCGAGUACGGAUGCACAAUCAUACUCCAAGUAAUCAACUCCUUUGUACUUUUACGUAACGUCACAAUUUUAGAAUUUUAUUCAACGGCCGGUGCGGGAACGGACAGUAUGGAUAUGAAAGUGUCAAAAUAUUCCUAACAUUUAUACAUUCCAUUAACAAUUUGAAAUGGCACAAACAUAUAGUUUUGUAAUUAACUUAAUAAGGUGCCAACAAAACGUCGAAGUGCUUGGACGUAAACAAACUUCGUAAUUCAUAAGGAUCUUAAAACAACUCAUUCCAAACUUUGAUCAACAAAUAAUAUUAAUGUAAACCAUUAUGCUUGUAGUGUUAAGCGAAAGUUUUCAUUGUAUACUUACUUACAGUUUAUGCCCUUAAACACAUAAAUGAAUCACACACAAAAUCAAAAAGACCGCGUCACAAAACUACAAUAGCGGGAUUUAUGACAAAUGACAAUUCGACCUGACCACAGACUAUAAAAUGAAAACUUUCGUUCAAAACUCAAUUCUCCAACUGCGGCUCCGGUAAACUGCUCUUCCUGAAUAUGGCAUUCUCUGUGGUAUCUAAGAUAUUAAUGUAAUGUGUAAUAAUUUAUAUCAUUGUAAAGUAUGUUAUUGAAAAUACAAGAAAUUAUGUUUAUGUAACGGGAUCUGAUUAGUUUUGUGCUUAUUAUGUAAAACAGAUUGUUGGAAGCGAGUGAUCGAAUGAUUUAAUUAUUUAUUUCGUACAGUUUCAAACAACAAGAUUUGUAUGUGGGCAGCUAUCAAUGUAACUCUGUUUGUACUAUCUUAACGACAUAAAACGAUGUAUGGAAUAUUAUGCAAAAUAGGGCAGAACUAAUCAGAUCAUUCUUUGUAAUAACAUAAUAAAACUGCAUACAAAACUUCAUACAAGGGUUCAGUACAUAAAUGUUCAUCCCUCAAUGUUUGAACCGCAAUAUGAAGUCAGGUGUUUAGUUUUAUUAUGAAUAAUAGUAACCUGUACCAUUAACCUGGUUUAAAUCAAAACCCAAACUGUCGAUAUAUAAAUGCCUCAUCCAAUUUGUCCUGAUUUUUUGACACAUUUCUAACAGUUGAUGAUUUAAUUGUUGUAACAAGACAGUCUUUUUCUAUAAUAACUUCAUUACUGUUGUUCCUCAUUAAAUAAUUUGUUAUAAAAUCAUAAUUGUUGAGAAAAUGUGUCAAGAAAAUCAUUUUCAUAUUUUAAUAUCUAGAAAAUUUGUGGCCCAUGAUGCGAAAAAUUGUAUGUAUAAAAGUUAACGCUCAUUAAAGUUUUUCUAUAUCGUUCUUGAAUAAAUUAUAAUUUAGACGUUUUUUAAACUAAUCUACCUAUACUACCUACUUGUAAACGCCUAUAAAGAUUUUCAUACUUAUAUUCAUAAUGUUGCCAUAUCAAUUGUUUUUCAUAGUCUGGAAUCCAGAUUUUUUAUCUAGUUGUCCCUUAUAUGUAUUUCAAAUAAACGGCCCAGCUACUAA